GUAGUAACAGGAUGAGAAAGUGCGAGACUUCCUGUUAUGCGUGUGUGACAGCUGGUGAUAAGUGCAGGGCCCUUACACAGGAAAUCCGCUCAGCUUCUGCAAUGUGACCUGCCUGAAACUUGGGCGCUUCUCCAGUCUGGAUGUUGAUGGCAGGACAAAGGGGCAUCUGGGCUAUGGGUGACGUGGUGGAGAAGAGUUUGGAAGAGCCACUGGCACCUCCUGCGGACGAACCCUCCCAGAAGAGGGGAGACCUGGUGGAAAUCUUAAACGGUGAUAAGGCAAAAUUUGACGACACGGGACUCUCCUUGAUUCUGCAGAACGGCCUGGAGACCCUCCGCGUGGAGAACGCUCUGACAGAUGUCAUCUUGUGUGUGGACAUCCAGGAAUUCUCCUGCCACCGCGUGGUGCUUGCUGCGGCCAGCAACUAUUUCAGGGCCAUGUUCUGCAAUGACUUAAAGGAAAAGUAUGAGAAGAGGAUCAUUAUCAAAGGAGUCGAUGCCGAGACCAUGCACACUCUCCUGGACUACACCUACACCAGCAAGGCGCUGAUCACCAAGCAGAACGUCCAGCGGGUCCUGGAAGCUGCUAACCUCUUCCAGUUCCUGCGGAUGGUGGAUGCCUGUGCCAGCUUCCUCACCGAAGCCUUGAACCCAGAAAACUGUGUCGGGAUACUGAGGCUGGCGGACACGCACUCCUUGGACAGCCUAAAGAAACAGGUCCAGAGUUACAUCAUCCAAAACUUUGUGCAGAUCCUGAACGCCGAGGAGUUCCUGGAACUUCCCGUGGACACUCUGUACCACAUCCUGAAGAGCGACGACCUGUAUGUGACGGAGGAGGCUCAGGUGUUCGAGACGGUGAUGAGCUGGGUCCGGCACAAGCAGUCGGAGCGGCUCUGCCUGCUGCCCUACAUCCUGGAGUUCGUGCGCCUGCCGCUGCUGGACCCCUGGUACUUCGUGGAGACGGUGGAGGCAGAUCCUCUCAUCAGGCAGUGCCCGGAGGUCUUCCCGCUGCUCCAGGAAGCCAGGAUGUACCACCUGUCAGGCAAUGAGAUAAUAUCAGAGCGCACCAAGCCCAGGAUGCACGAGUUCCAGUCUGAGGUGUUCAUGAUCAUCGGUGGCUGCACGAAGGAUGAGCGGUUUGUGGCGGAGGUAACCUGCCUGGACCCCCUGAGGCGCAGCCGCCUGGAGGUGGCCAAGCUCCCGAUGACGGAGCAUGAGCUGGAGAGUGAGAAUAAGAAGUGGGUGGAGUUUGCAUGCGUGACAUUAAAAAAUGAGGUCUACAUCUCAGGCGGCAAAGAAACACAGCACGAUGUUUGGAAAUAUAACUCUUCAAUCAACAAAUGGAUCCAAAUAGAGUAUUUGAACAUAGGCCGCUGGAGGCAUAAGAUGGUGGUGUUGGGUGGCAAGGUCUAUGUGAUCGGCGGUUUUGAUGGCUUGCAGAGGAUCAACAACGUGGAGACCUACGACCCCUUCCACAAUUGCUGGUCAGAGGCCGCGCCCCUCCUCGUCCACGUCAGUUCCUUCGCGGCCACCAGCCACAAGAAGAAGCUCUACGUGAUCGGGGGAGGGCCCAACGGGAAACUGGCCACGGACAAGACCCAGUGUUACGACCCUUCGGCCAAUAAGUGGAGUUUGAAGUCGCCCAUGCCCGUGGAGGCUAAAUGCAUCAAUGCCGUGAGCUUCCGGGACCGCAUCUAUGUCGUCGGUGGGGCCAUGCGGGCGCUGUACGCCUACAGCCCCCUGGAGGACGCCUGGAGCCUGGUGACCCAGCUCAGCCACGAGCGGGCCAGCUGCGGCAUCGCGCCCUGCAACAACCGGCUCUACAUCACCGGCGGCCGCGACGAGAAGAACGAGGUCAUCGCCACGGUGCUGUGCUGGGACCCCGAGGCGCAGAAACUGACCGAGGAGUGCGUGCUGCCCCGCGGGGUGUCGCACCACGGCAGCGUCACCAUCAGGAAGUCCUACACCCACAUCCGCAGGAUCGUGCCCGGCGCCGUGUCCGUCUGACGGCGGGAGGCGGAGUCACCCAGGGAGCUGGGCGGGGCCUCCCGGAGCCCUCUGCACCCUUCCCUCAGGCCCCGCCCACUCCAGGCAGGGGGCGGGGCUUAGGUCGGACCUCAGGGAAUUACUGUGGCUCCCUCCCCUUGGGGGCUCCUGGGAAGUCACAGCUUUGGGACCCUGGAGAGCGAAACUAGGAAUGUUUGCGGGACCUACCUCAGGCGAGCAGAAGAGCAAUAGGUCACAUUCAGGACACACCUGCCCGGGCCGGGGUCUGGGCCAGAGCCUUUGUAGAUCAAGCCACUGAACCAUCAUACAGACCUGGUGGCUGGUUUUUUAAAAAUCACUUUUACAAGCGAGCAAACCGAGUUCCAGGGAGGCGAAGUGACUUGUCCCAGGUCACUCAAAUUGCAAGUCGCAAAACCAAGCGUCUAAACCCAGGUCUUUCAAUGUCCAAGUCGGUGCCCUUUCUGCCAUACUGGCUCUCUCAGAGCAGGAGACCAGAAACAAAAACAAGGUGCCCCAAACUGACAAGUUUGCAAAAGGAUUCACUAACCAAGGCAGGGAAAUAAGGAUAUUUCUCUUUUCUUUUCCUUUCCUUUUAUUUUCUCCCGCUUCUCCCCGCCCCCCUCCCCUACUGAAACCAGCUGGAAUCCCUGGUGUGGGAGCCUUGGGCUCCUUGUCAGGAGCAUCUCAGAGGCUGUCUCACCUGGCAGGUCUGGGGAGGAGGAUCUGGGAAGGCCUGUUUGCUUUGAAAUAUAUAUAUAUAUAUAUAUAUAUAAAAAUUGUGUUCUGUUCUCCCAUCAAGAGCUUCUAUUUAUUUAUUUUUAUUUUAUUUUUAUGAUCAUAGGAGGCCCAUUUUUGGACUAAUACUGUCAUCACCAGACAGAAUUGUACCUUCAGCAUGGUCCAGUGCCCUGGCCCCUUAAUGUCUAGCUGUUGUAUUGCCAUGGAGAAAGGAGGUUCAUAGAGACUCAAAUCUCUGUUUCAAAAAUAUGUGACUAUCCUAAUAGACUGCUGGCCUCUGCAGGAAUCAGGAAUCACCAGCUCCUCCUCCUCC